AUGAGUGAUGAUCCGCAGAAUAUCGAUGUUAUCCAGCAGGCGUUUAUACUCGCCACUGCAGCAAGUUGCGCGGCUGCUUUGGGAUUUAGGAAACUAUUUUCCGGCAGAGGACCUCUCUUUACAAGAUUCGUUCCGUUUUGUGCGGUUGCUGUCGGCAAUAUGGUAAAUCUCCUCAUCCUCGUUUGCCUGAGGCAACGAGAGAUCGUGCGGGGUAUUCCAAUAUUCGCCAAGAACGGUGACGAAGUGUGCAUCAUGAAAUCGCAAGUAGCCGUCGUCAAGGGUAUUUCUGAAUGCAUCUUCACAAGGAUAAUAAUGGCUGCGCCCGGAAUGCUGAUGAUUCCAGUCAUUACGCAACGAAUGCAAUCAUAUAGGUUCUACAAACUUCAUCCAUGGAUCACUUUUCCCGUCGAAAUCGGUUUAUGCACACUCUGUUUGUUAAUCAUGAUCCCUUCGGCACUCGCCAUUUUCCCGCAGGAAAAGGAUUUAAAUUAA